CUGCUGUCUUCGUCUUCUCCCCCUCUUCAAACGGUCCAGAGUGGUUGAGAAUGCAGGCUGCUGGCGCCAGUGCUAGUUCGGAGGAAAGGAGCAGGGCCUCGCCGUCGGCCAUGGAGAAGGGCGGCGACCAGAGCGCCAAGAAGGCGAGGCUGGAGCUGGAGCUGGCCAAAGGCCCGGUGAAGGGAGAGAUGGUCGUGCUCGAGCCGGCGGAACAGAGCACGACGAUGGAUGUCUGCGUGAUGAUGGACGUCGCCGUGCUCCGCUGCCCCAUCUGCAACCGCCCCUUCAAGCCCCCCGUCUUCCAGUGCAGCGGCGGGCACCUGGCAUGCGCCCAAUGCCGCGGCGAGCGCCCGGGGAGCCAGUGGCAGUGCCAGAGGUGCGAGCGCGGCGGCUGCUUCGACGUCCGCAACGCGGCGAUGGACGCCGUCGUCUCCUCGGCCAGGGUCGAGUGCCCGCACGACGGCUGCGCGCUCUACGUCACCUACCACAAGCUUGACGACCACAGGCUCGCGUGCCCGCGCGCGCCCUGCAAGUGCGCGGUCCCCGGCUGCAGCUUCGACGGCCCGCCGCCGGCGCUGCUCGGCCACCUCAGCUCCGUCCACUCCGUGCCCGCGCACAGGGUGCAGUACGGCAUGGUGCUCCACCUGCAGGUGCCAGUGGCAGAACCGCGGCGCCUGCUACUGGGGGAGGAGGACGGCGGUGCGUUCCUCGUCGUCGGCGGCUCGGUCGGCCUGGGCGCGCCCAUCGCCGUCUCUGUGGUGUGCAUCAGAGCGGGGGCGUUCCCGCUGCCGCACUACGAGGCCAAGCUCUGGGCAAACGGCGGGUCCGACACUGUCCAUGCGGACUUCCAGGUGACGAGCAGCAAGGAGCCCGGCGCGGUCGCCAUGGAGGAGCUGACCUUCUUGACGGUUCCGCCCAAGCUGCUGGCCGGAGCUGGGCCGGCCAGGACGGUGUCUCUCCACAUUCGCAUAGACAAGAUCGCCUCCUGAUGGAUGCCACUAAUCAGCCCUGAGUCUUCUGGUUUAGUUUGGUUUGGUUUAGUUUAGCUUAGCUUGGGAAGGGUGUGGUUGCAUUUUGGUGGCAAUGCAGCGAUUACUUUCACAUCAGAUAAGUACUUGUUAAAUUUGAUUGUAUUUUUCUCUCUCAACUCAAAACCAAGGCAAGUGAUUGAACAAAAAAAGCUAAGGACGAA